CUACAUAGGUAGCGAUUAUAACUGCGGCAGCGACACCUACCACAUCAACAAAAUAAAUCGGGACACGUUCAUAGGCCCGUGAUUAGUGCCUUUGGUUGCAUUUGUCUAACGCUCGUGGCUGGUUGAACUGCUAUUUGCCCGUUGGCCUCCUAGUUAUCCUGAUAUAAAUGCUCACUAGUUUUGUUCGUGUUUUGGUGUUAUUUGUGAAAUGUGUCUGUGGUGUGCUCCGCAACGAUCACCGGCUAUCGGCUUUGUUACCCAAGCAGAUUCCUGCCAUUUAAGAGGUCUCUAGUGCUAGAGCAAUCUUUCGUUUCGAAGUCGAAGGACAAUGAAACGAUUCGUCUCUCAAAUCGCGUCCUGAAUUUACGAACGAGCUAGGCUAUAACAACAGCAACUAAAAGAGAAACAAGCGGGCUUCCACUGUCACGAACACGGUCGAUGUUCGAUGUAAGGCGUUGGAUGUUUGUUCGGUAAGCAUGCUGCUUGUGCCUCCAUUGUUUGACAAGUUAAUGAUGCUGUGAUUUUGCACUCGAGUAUUUCGUAAUCCUGUGUCCUUACUCCUGUCCGUAUCAUUGCAGCCAAGAAAUACAAUACAUUUGAGAAAGUCAAACUCGAGAUGGCAAGGAGAGAUUGCACUGCCUAGUGAUGUGACUGUGAUCGGCGGUCAGUAAAAAAGUGUUAUUGCCUGCGUAAACAAUGUUAUCACCUUCGCUGUUGUUAUUGCUGUGAACAAAAUAAUUGCAAUGAAUACCUAAGAAAACAGAGGUUGAAAAGUGGUCUUCAUGGCGUGUCUUGCGUUCGUGAGUAGCGGCUCGAAUCAUUAAACUUGCGCGAAAUGAUCUACCACUCAGUGUUCACAGCCUCGUUUCUCGUAACUGGACGAAGGCACGUAGCAACAGGCUAUAGCAACAACUCAUGCGUCAUAUCUGUUCGCGAUACUGCACGAAUGUACAUUUACGACUAUCUAUGCUUGUAUUUCAGUAGCUCAUUGUGAACUAACACGGCGAUAGCGCUCGCUGAUGACGUGUAUGAUAGAGGCUUGUUUUAAAUUUUAUUUGACAUUUGGUAUAUCAUUAUUGCCUUACUAUUUACAUUUUUUGUCUGCUAAUGUAUGCUGAGCAUUUUUGUCGGCGUGCAAAGUGUCGUGUGCAACAAUGGAGUUCUAGUGUCAGCUGAAUAAAUUGCCGAACCUAUUCUGGAUGAAUGAAAGCGGACAACAUGAAUGGGCAAUCUUGUUCUACGUUGGUGGAUUUUCUUCUUUCGUAAAAAGUUCCGCACGUCUAUACGGUCAGUGGCUUUCGGUGUCCGCUGAGUUCGCCACCAACAACUGGUCCGAUCAUAAAAUCAAUGAAAACCAGGUACCGCUAGAGUCAGUAAAAAGGUGACGCUGGCCUUCUGAUAGGCCUCCAUCGUGAUCGUGCUCAGUGCUUGUAAAGAGUCAUAUCUGAUGCUCUUUGGGUUACUCGUUGAAAAGUCCUUGCAUGCAUUGUGUCCCGCCGUUGAGGUUUUUACAGCCGACGACGCUACACGCGCGAUCUCCGCUGCGGUUGGUGAACAAGAAGUAAAGAACGCAUCGCUUAUUUGCGUAGAUCCGGACAACUGUUAUCACAACCAAGAAGACUCACCUUAAGGGAUCUCUAGUUACAAUCAACUAAACCAGAAAAUAAGGCAUCAAGAUGACCGGAGAUAGCAACAGCUGCGAUGGUGCAGUACAUCAAUCCCUCGUUCAAGACUGCUCGAACAGAAAUUAUGGGCAUAACGGCCCGAAUAACAACAACAAAGCCGUAAAGGCUGUGCUGUUAUUACGUGGCUGCGAAGGAGAUUUACGUGUGUCAUACCAAUUCAAAGACACCUUCGAUGUCUUUUUAAGGAGUAGUCCUCGUAGGAGUCGUACCCAAACCCGAGAAAAAGAAAGCAUGCGCGGUAUUUUCGAAAUCAUCUCUAUAAGCGAUAGCGGACAAGUGGUCGCCCUUGAAACUGGAUGGAAAAACGAUAUCAACAAGCUGACCGAUGGUCUAGCCGGUUACGCAGAUUUCUCCAAACCCGGAGUGGAUGACAUGGAACCAGAUAGCAUUUACGCGUACAAAGAUGGCGAAAAUUGGAGACGAUGCCGCAUGAUAUCCCGUCACGGGCCUGGACGUUUUCUCGUUGAGCUCAUUGAUUAUGGCGGUACUACUACCACUACACGAGACAAGAUUCUCACGUUGUCACAGCUCUAUAAAGACUGGAGCGUUAAAAGCAUGGAUGUACUAUUCGCUGGUCACUCGCUUGAAAGUGGAUCGCAGGAUAACAUAAAAGAGUUACAAGACAUAUUGUUGAAUAAAAGCGUCCAGCUAGCUUAUACCCAAGAGCGAACCGGCCCACAACAAAGGGAUCGUAUUUCUGUCACAGAGAUCAAGCAGCAAAAUGCUAAUAUGCUCGAGGUGUUGGUUGAAAAAGGCCUUCUUAAAAAAGAAAUCCAACAACGGUAUCAACAGCAACCAUAUGAUCGCCCGCUAAGCCAACAGACCGUUCAUAAUAGGCCACAACGACAAGACCGGCCUCCUUUAAGACCACAAAGACCAAUCACCAAGUCUGGGUCUGGUCCUCAAAGGUCCGACGCAAGACCGCGACACCCCCACGAAGCCAGUGGCAGCGGUAACGGAACCCAGAUAUUCGCGCAGGAUCCCCUAUAUGCCUGCUCAGUUGACCAGCCACUUCAGCAACAGAUCUCAUUCGCGACGAAAAAUAGUUGGGGAACGGCUGAAGCCUGCAAUGAGGAUUCGAGUACUGAGCGUUGGGCCGCGCAACAAGUCGACACAGUUGCCAAGAAGUUCGCCUCCGAUUGGAAUGACCAGCGUGAGAAUCGAGACCCUCAGACUAGUUGGCGCGACGUGAAACAGUGGACUACAACGGAGUGGGACGAUGGUAUGGAUGCUAUGCAGAGCACGUCAGCUGAACAAUCAGUCGCGCCGGUAACCUCUUACAGUCAGCAACACCAAAGAAAAUCCCCUAAAGGCCAACAUAACCGGGAGAUAACUUCCUGGGCCAACGAUCGUACCAAUAGUAAUGCAGCUGCACGAUUGUCCGAUUGGGACUGUGAUGUCGAAUCUGCCGGUCAAGCUGAACUUUCAACGACACAUUAUCAAUUAGCACGGCCAGAGGGUCGGCCACUUCGGGGCCACUCCAGAGACUCAGUCCAACAAGCUCUACUAAGUCAAGGCCAAAAAAAAAAAACGCCUUCAGUACAGAGUGAAAAUGAGGACGUAUUUAGUUCGGCAGGUGACUGGAGUGAUUCAACGAAAAAAGAAUCACCGAAAGCCAAAGAGCUACAACGGAGGGUCAAGAACCUCACUAUCAACGGGGGGAACUCUACGGACAAAUGUGAACGAUGCGUUCAGCUAACUAAUAGGGUAAACACGCUUGAAUCGAGCUUGUACAGUUUGGCGCUUCAAAAAUUGAUCAGCGCCCGACUGACAAACAUCUCAUCGGAGCUGCGCCAAGUGAAGAUCAGUCUGGCACAACUGCGUCUUGAUCCGGCUAGCCAGGAAAACGAGACGGCACUUAGCGCUCUGGCGCAUUGUCGUCGCGAAGGCCGCGUUCGUGUUAGAGAAGUAGAAGAACUACUUCUGACUGCUUCCGCGGAAACUUUGGCUUCAUUCGGGAUGAAUGGGUGGUCACAGUUUGUAGGGGUUAUCUGGAAGCCCAUGAUGGACCUUCAGUAUUUAGACGAGCGGCCACUCUCUGUACACAAGGGCACCGUUAUUCGCCAUGUAGUGCUUGAAGAUGACGGACUGUUGGAAGCGGUAAAUCCUUCACAGCAGCCAUCCGAGAACUCACCUGAACGCGCCACCGUAAUACUGGAGAGGGCGAUCGAGAUUCCGAGGAUGUUCCCCGUUCUUCAGGAUCUCGCGCCGAAUCGUGCACAAGGCCGUGUUAAUUCAGUCUUCUUCAGCGAGGACAACUCAAAGGUAUUUAUACAGUUGGAGUGUCCACAAUCAGUUGAAGAAGACCUUGAGGAGUAUGCUAAGAGUACGAUCGCUUUACUGACUGAACUCCGUGUUAUUGAUCAGUAAACAGAUGUAAAGAAGACUUCAGUGCUAAACUAUAGUAUGGUUGGUGAUGGCAAGAAGUGCCGUAGCACCGGCAUUGCAAGCCGUUGCGGUACAUCUUGAAAUUGCGCAGCCACUGGCCGCCUGAAGAUUAAGUCUACAACGAAGCUUCGUACGAGGCUUAUGAGAGAGCCCCGACGAAUUCACACAAUGGCGAGCACCAAUCGUAAGCGGUUGUCAUCAUCAACAGUGACAGAAAAAGAAGCUAAUUACAGCUUAGCAUAUAUGCGUGAGAAAAAGAUGCAGAAUUUGGGGACGCAGGACAGCUCAGAAGAAUAACUAUAUUUCAUGUAUGCACUCACUAUAUUAGCUGUCCGAAGCUGUAUCAAUAUAGACGAUGAUUUACAGUGCCAAUAUCACCUAUAAUCGCUUCUAUGAAAUGUUAAAAAGCCUAGUACAAGUGUCAGCAUCUUUUCGUGCUCAAACGACCCGAUGAAACAAUCGAUGAUUAAAUUUGUGGCUAAAAGUUCAGCUAGAAGCAGACUUAAAUUCAAUAUCUGUUCUAGUAGAAUCCAUAGUAGUGAAUGUAUUAUUGAAUACUCACAAGCCAAGGCAGCGGGGCUUGUGCACCAUGAGCUGCAUAAAUUCAGCUGCUUGAAUUGAAAUCCGGCUACAACUCAGGUGUGAUAGACUGUCAUGCAAUAUUUGUAUACUAUAUGAAACACUAUUUUGACAUUGUUCCAAUAGUCUCAACAAAAAUUGGCUUAUUAGGAUAACUUACACUUUGCCCUGAACGAUAUUCGAAUCCAUUAUUUUAUUUUUGUCAUGAUAUAUGUAAAGGAAGCUAUGAGUUUGCUUAUCCAAUGCUUGUACUGGUUUAUAGUACACUAAUUUUAGUGAAUCUCCAGGUUCUGAUCAAAACGGACCUUUUCUCUGAACUUGAGUGGUAAAAAGGUACAUGAAGCGGCUAGAAACUAAAAUCUCUAUUGAGAUGAUGACUUUGGCUAAUUAAAUACGGCGUGAGUUUGCGCUUUGUGCUAUUUAUUCGCGCUACAGUUAAUGAUCCUAUAAUUAUAUCUUUAUCUUUUGUUCCGUAUAUAUUUUCUUCUAUGCACAGCGCAUAUAUAUACCACUAGAACAUAUAAAGCUAAAUAAAUCACUAGAUACAUCAAAUGUAUAUUUGCUUAGAACGAUAUUUCGUUGACUGUAAAAGUGCAAGCAACGAAGAGCAAAAGCACAAACUCGUCGAAAAACGUCGAAACAAAGUCGAAAAACGAUAAAAGAUGAUAUACAAAUAUAGAUACAAACCAUCAGGUGUGCAUUGUAUUACUGGAUAACAGAGCAAAUUAAUGGUACAAACCUGCUGUAAUUCUGUAUUGAAUAUUGAGUAUAUUGUCAUGAAUAGUGUCACACGGCGACAGUGUUUGAAAAAAGUUUUUUUUUUGUAAUAACUUGCACAUCAACACACAAAUGCUUGAAAAUGCGUAUAUAUAUAUAUAUAUAUAUAUAUAUAAUUUUAUAGUAAUUAUACAACAAAAGGUUCAAAGGCUGCCGACAACACAGAUCAAUGCGGACGAGCAACACGGAUAUGAAUGCGUAAAAAGAUGCAAAUGACUGCACGGAAGCUAUUGGAUAUCUGCAAUGCUCGAAUUCGAACGAGAACAAAAAAAUAUUAAAUAUUCUAUUGUGUAUAUAAAUAUGCAACGACAAUAGUCAUUUUUUAUAAGAACGUCUGUAUGCGAUGCGCAAAGCAGCUGUAAACAGCAGCGACAGCAGCAGCAGAAUGAUCAUUGAACCUGCAAUGUUUAUACUGUCAACGGUUUGUUGAAAAUGACUAGAAAUUGUUCGCUACAUUUUUAGGCGAACGUUGUUUUUAAACAAAUUCAACUGCCUGUCACUUAUGGGAAUUCGAAACUAUGAUUUUUAGGAAUGAAAAUAAAGUCAAAUUUGAAAGAGAAAGAUUUUCAUUGCAUCAUAGAGGUUAUUGUUUUAACGAGAACUAGUGUUGAACGUGUGACCUGUGCGAAUAAUCCUAAUUUCCACGAAAUCUUUGACCAGAUUUUCCGGAAUAUCGACAGCUGUGUUCUAAAUACCAUACGUUAUUGUAUAGUUUUCUUCAGUAAAUCAAUGUCCCUACUUAUUCAAAACAGUGCGAUGGAUAUAUGCGAGAACAAGUAUGCAUCUAACGAGAAAUAAGAAAAGUGCAUUAAGAAAAUUUUGUCUUAGUUUAUUAAAAUUGUUAUAAAAUAGUUGUUUAUUAAAAUAUAGUACACAACAUGUGGUGAAAAAUAUUCCUCAAUAUAUGUUUUUCCGGUAGUUACAUCAACGUAUUCUCUCUAAUUCGUCAACAAGAAGCAAUAGUUAAUUGUCGAAGUGUACUACUUAAUCGCCGGAAACUACAUUUGCUUGAGAAAGUGCCCAGUUACGAUCUUACGAUAUGUAGAAACAGAUUGAUCUGCAUUGGGCUGUCGAGAUAACUGGUUGGAUGUUUUUGAUAAUAAUGAAUUUUAUCGUAAGGCCUGAUAUAAUGGAUAUUAUUACUAUACGAAUCUUAGAUAAUGUCGACGUCGUCAGUAUGAUUGUCCGAUCUCGCCGCAUUCGACGACAAUCUUUACCAGUGGGGCGUUAGAUAUCAGACCAGACGGAUAGACUUUUUGCUUCAAGCUUAGCAGGUUAGUUGUUGAUAAAAUAAACUAAAUUGGAAAUACAUAACUGCGUAUCAGCAGUCUUGCUUUUAUAUAUAGUCGAAACCAUUGUCGCAAAAAUUGGAACGCUUGGAAGCCGAUAACCCGAUGGCUGCUUCGGCUGUUCGGGGAAUCGCCCCGUCAACAACGGGAGAAACGUUAACGUGUCAACUUUGCUCAACGCGUUCGUACGCUGAAUCGCUUUAACCAAGUUCUGUCAAAUUUACCAAAGACUAUGAUACAUUUUGGGGUUCUUCGUAUAAUAGAUUCCCGUAUCCCUUCGUAUAAAAAAGUCGCCGAUAACCUGAUAUACGUUAUCCCUAGUUGGCUGAAAUUCAUGGCAAAAAACAGCUAGUCAACAGCAGUAGAUAUCAAUGCCUUGCCGAUUGGUAGAAUCGAAUUUUUUGAUGACGAUUAGCUCAAUUCGAAUAGCUUUGAGUCUAGUUCUGUCAUACGAUGUUGAUAACAGACAUGUGUUUUUUAUUUAACAGUUGGCGACUAGAUUAAGUAAAAAGGCCUGGAUGCAACCCUGGAUCGACUUAGAUGGCAUAUCUAUAGUAGCGAUGCGUCAGCUGUGUAGUAGAUAGAUUGUCUUUCACCUUUGCAUUGAACUAACUAGCAGCAAACAUGACCUGAGUUAAUCUUGAAAUUGUACACAAGAACUAGAUGUUUUAAUGACCUUAAAAGCUCUAUGAAUGUCAAUUAAUAAAUUUGUAUGACUACUCUUCCAUAAAUACUAGGUUAUUUUGAUAUAAAUUUUUCAUUUGUAAAAUUUGAUGUAAUUUUUUUAUAAGAUCUAUUCUAUUAUAUAGCAGUAGUAACCCACGAUUAACUGAGUAACCAUACAUUACUGAAGUUAAUUAUGCUAUUGCACUUUUCAAGCGCAAGUUAACCUUAAGCUACGGGGAAUCGUUCUAGGGAUCGUCACAUAGAAUCACAACAACAGUGGGCGUCUCCAACAAGUGCGUCUCUUGAGAAAGUAGGCUGUGCUCAGCAUUUUCGGGAUUAUGCCACUGACUAAAUACUGCCAGAUUGUCCACUAAAGUAUCCAGAUACAAUUAAGAGAUCCUUCACGAUUCGGCAUAUUAUAAUACGCGUAUAUCAACGUACACAACACAGAUUUUACUAAGUCAUACCAUAAAACGUUGCCGAUUAAAAAACCAAUUUGUUUCGAUUUCUAUCGAUAACAAUCCUAAACAUGUAAUAUCAUGUAUUGCCUAAGUCCUA